AUGAGGGUUGAUAUGAGCUUUGGCCCCUUCACAAUGGCUAAGCGAAUUCCCUUAUCGUGCGCCGUAAAUGUAAAUCGAGGUCACAGAUAUUCCAAGACUCUCCGCAAAUUUGAAGCUUUUAGUUACUACAGCGUCUUUCACUCAUUAAACUUCCCUCAGUCACUUCAACGUCCCUCCUUCACUUCAUCGUUCCUCAGUCAUUUCAACGUCCCACAGUCACUGUACGUCCCUCAGUCCCUUCAACGUCCUCAGUCACUUCAAAGUCCCUCAGUCAUUGCACCGUCCUCAGUCACUUCAACGUCUCCCAGUCAUUUCAACGUCUCACAGUCACUUCAACGUCCCUUAGUCACUUCAACGUCCUCAGUCACUUCAACGUCUCCCAGUCACUUCAACGUCCCUCAGUCCCUUCAACGUCCUCAGUCACUUCAACGUCCCUUAAUCACUUCAACGUCCCUUAGUCACUUCAACGUCUCACAGUCACUUCAACGUCUCACAGUCACUUCAACGUCUCACAGUCACUUCAACGUCUCACAGUCACUUCAACGUCCCUUAGUCACUUCAACGUCUCUCAGUCGCUUCAACGUCUCACAGUCACUUCAACGUCUCAGUCACUUCAACGUCCCCUAUCAAUUCAACGUCUCUCAGUCAAUUCAACGUCUCACAGUCACUUCAACGUCCCUUAGUCACUUCAACGUCUCUCAGUCACUUCAACGUCUCACAGUCACUUCAACGUCUCUCAGUCACUUCAACGUCUCAGUCACUUCAACGUCCCCUAGUCACUCCAACGUCCUCAGUCACUUCAACGUCUUUCAGUCACUUCAACGUCUCACAGUCACUUCAACGUCCCUUAGUCACUUCAACUCACUUCAACGUCUCCCAGUCACUUCAACGUCUCACAGUCACUUCAACGUCUCACAGUCACUUCAACGUCUUUCAGUCGCUUCAACGUCCCCUAGUCACUUCAACGCCCUCAGUCACUUCAACGUCUCACAGUCACUUCAACGUCCCACAGUCACUUCAACGUCCCUUAGUCACUUCAACGUCUCCCAGUCACUUCAACGUCUCACAGUCACUUCAACGUCUCUCAGUCACAUCAACGUCUCACAGUCACUUCAACGUCCCUUAGUCACUUCAACGUCCUCAGUCACUUCAACGUCUCACAGUCACUUCAACGUAUCUCAGUCACUUCAAGGUCCCUCAGUCACUUCAAUGUCUCUUAGUCACUGCAUCGUCACUCAGUCCCUUCAACGUCCCCUAGUCACUUCAACGUCUCUCAGUCACUUCAAGGUCCCUCAGUCACUUCAACGUCUCUUAUCACUUCAACGUCCUCAGUCACUUCAUCGUCACUCAGUCACUUCAACGUCACUCAGUCACUUCAACGUCUCUCAGUCACUUCAAGGUCCCUCAGUCACUUCAACGUCUCUUAGUCACUUCAUCGUCACUCAGUCCCUUCAACGUCUCCUAGUCACUUCAACGUCUCUCAGUCACUUCAAGGUCCCUCAGUUACUUCAACGUCUCUUAGUCACUUCAUCUUCAUUCAGUCCCUUCAACGUCCCCUAG